AUGGCCGAGCCGGUAGGACUGGCUUCCGGGCUCUUGGCCCUGGCUACGUUCGCCUUCCAAUCCAGCAUUACGCUUUACAGCACUGUCCAGAGUUUUCGAGACCAUCCCAAACGUGUGCGCGAUCUCAUUGACGAGCUUGAAGCUUUGAGCGGAGUCUUAGGCCCACUUACGGAGACGACGACCUUUCGGGGGUGGGCUAAACUCAAGUACAUGGGUGAUGAUAUCGACGGAUUUAGGCGGUUGUUAUCCGGCUACAAGUCGACAAUCACUAUUGCCCUCACUGACGCCAAUCUCCGCGUAUGCUCUGCCACCGCCGAGACCAUUCGAAGCUACAAAGACCUUGUCGAGACAGCGCACAGUGACCUCCGGGCUCACCUCGAAAGUAUCGACGAGAAAAUAGGAAGAGCGAUUGAGCACGCAGCGAUGCCUUGA